UUUUGUGCUGAAAAAAACGAUGGGAAAUCGUAGGAAGAUUACGACUGGGAGAGGCGGAGGCGGAGAAGAAGAGGAGCUGCACGUGGCGGCGAGGUCGGGCGACCUGAGUCAAGUUCAGGUGAUUGUCAGCUCCAACCCUUUGAAGGUGAAUGGGAGAGAUAAGCACUCUAGAACUCCACUACAUUUAGCUGCGUGGGCUGGGCAGACAGAAGUGGUGAAUUUUCUGUGUAAGAACAAGGCUGAUGUUGGUGCUGCUGCUAUGGACGAUAUGAAGGCAAUACAUUUUGCUGCGCAAAAGGGACAUUUAGAGGCUGUCCGUGCUCUUCUUUCUGCUGGAGCUUCAGUCAAGUCUUCCACCCGCAAGGGUCUGACUCCACUGCACUUUUCUGUUCAAGGGUCUCAUGUGGAACUUAUCAAGUAUUUGGCUAGGAAAGGUGCAGAUCUCGCUGCAAAGACUAAAGCAGGGAAGACCCCUCUUGAGCUUGCUAGCAAUGAUGAAGUCCGCUCUUGUUUGGAAGAGUGUGAAAGAUCCUUGGAGAAAGGAGAUGCGAAUGGUAAACAGAAAGAUGAAGAACCUCAUUCAAAGAAAAUCCAGCAUGAAGAUGCCAAGGAUGAAACUAUGAAGAGGAAGGGUGAUCAAUCUGAGGAAGCCUCAGGGGAACCUAAAAGAGCAAAAGUUUCGUUGAAUCAUCUCCUGGCUGCAGAUGAUGAUAUUCAGGAUGAGGAAUGAAGCUUCUAUGAGGAGACCUGUAUGGUGAAAUGACCUUUGCAGGACUUCUUUCACGCACUGAACGGAAGGCCUCUCUCACGGAAGCAACCAAAGAAAGUACAGGUUAAUUGCAAGUAGCUAAUUGCUAUAGUCAUAGAAUUAAGUAGCUGGUUGAAGCUAGCACUACGAUAUAGAAUCUCAUCGAUCCAUGCUGUUUGAAAGGUAUGUACUUGUCUCUCUGAUUUGUGUUACCUUUGCUCACCAUCAUGGUGGUAUAUUAGUUGUAAUGCAAUGCAUUCUCUUGUUUUGAAGAAACAUGUUGCAUCUGAAGUAGCCUUUAUCCAGCUUGUCAUGCAGUUCAAAGUUUGUGGUUGUGAAAGAGUUUUUCUAGACUGGUAUAGCACAAGCUGUGAUGAAAUAAUUUCAUAUUG